UAUAGAGCUGUUGUUGACGUUUUUAGCAAUUUCCUUAGUUUUUUCUUUUUAUUUUAUUUUCCCGCGUCUAUUUUGCCCUCUGAUGUCCAUAAGAAAUGGAGAUAAUCAAGAAAAAGAGGAGAUACACAGUGAUAUUGGAGAGGUGGUUGAUAAAACUAUCAUUCCUGACGGAUAUCAAGAUAUCUCGCCACAAAUCGCUUUUCGUGGCUUCGAGAAGUUACCUCGAGUCGUUGUGGCGCGCUACGACAUAGCUCCUUACCUACAGAAGCUAAAACAAGAAGAAUCUGGCAAGAAACCUUGCCUGAAACGGAAGCUUCGCGGUCCAAUGUCAAGACACCGGUUUUUAGACAAAUGUUCUAUACAAUUGGUGAGACAGGACCUCUUUAAGCUUAAGGAGGACCUUCAGAAGAGUCAGACGUCAGACUACAAGUCUGACUCAGGUUCUGAAAGCGAACUAGACCCAACAAUGUUGACUAUGAAGUGUAAAAUUUGUGAUAAAAGGUACUCGAGUAAGCGGAAACUCUUAAAACAUGAGGUAAAUAAGCAUAUGAUCAUCUGUAAGCCACAAAAACGAGUCUCCUUCUCUGACAAAGUAACAAUUCAUGAAGUCAAAGAGUACCACAAGUGUCGGAAGUGUCCGAAGAUCUUCGAAGCGUACCAGCUACUGCGGUCGCACAUGAAACUUCACCAUAAGAAGCGUAAAUGCUAUAUAUGCAACUACUGUAGCAAGAACUUCGUUGACCGAACAUUCUUUAAAGUCCAUAUCAGAUUGCACUGCGAUGUAUGCGGUGAAUUUUUACCGAAUAAACUUAAAUUUAAUGAUCAUAGACGCAAUGUGUGCAGAGUUUUGAAACGUCACACUUGUAAGAUUUGUGACGAGAUUUACUUUAGAUUUAUGGAUUUAAAAGAUCAUAGUUACGAUCAUUCCUCCAUUAGCUACGUAUGUGACGUUUGCAAAGAUCAGUGUAGAAGUAAAUGUGCGCUAGCGCAUCAUAUUGCAUUCCUACACUCAAAUGACAGACCAACCUGUUUAUACGCAAUGCGUAACUUGGGUAAUGAGAGACUGUACUUAUGUAACUUCUGCGAAGAGAGCUCCGUUGAACGAGAUGCUUUGGAACUUCAUGUACAAUUAUUACCGGACUUAACGAAUAAGGCUAUGACCGGAUACAAAGAUUAUUACUUCUGCGACCAAUGUUUUAAGAAGUUUGAUACCGAAUCAGACAUGUUACAACACAAAUGGACACAUUUUCUAAUAACCAGUGAUAACUCACAAGAACGGAAAAAGGUAAAAAAGGAUUUAAAAAUGACGUACAAGUGCGAUGAACCGCUACCACUCUUUCUACAACCGAAACUAGUUUUGGAGAAGAUUAAAGUCGGUGGUAAAGUACUUAAGGACACCGUUGCUUACGUUGAUGUUAAAAAGUUUGAUAUUAAUAAUGGAAAUAUUAAGAAGCCCAUCGUUGAUCCGAAGAGCAAGAAGACUAUUAUUUCCAAGUAUCAAUGUCAGACCUGCUCCAAAUACUACUCAUCAAACCACAGCCUGAACCGUCACAUCGACACUCAACACUCCAAUUAUGAAACACUGCAAUGCAAUGUCUGCGAAGAAACCUUCGUUUGGCCCUCACUCCUCCGGUCCCACAAAUGCAUCCGUUUAAACCACCCAGAAAUGCCAUUCCAGGAUGCUAGACCAGAAAUCCAUUUUGAUAAUGUGAACGAGAUAACCCAGAAUGGGUUUGAUGAUCUGAAUAUUGAAGAGAGUGAAGAUUAUAUGCAGUCAGUUGACUUUGAAAUACCAGCCCCAAUAGUGGAGUUGACAGAAUUUGCUUCAUUGAAUCCUGUUGUUGAGAAAUUUGCUCCAUUGCAGAAUCUUGGCUAUAAACUUGUCAUGCAAGAGGUGCCGAUUGAGUUUUAAUUGUGUCUGUGUGUGUAUAUAUAUAAAAUAGUGUGUCUAGUGAUACGUGUUGUCAAUACUCUGGAUUUUACUAAGGUAAGGUACUUUUUUAAUUUAACCAGUGCUGUUGUAAUCAAACUUCAAUUACGUUGUAAUUUGAAAAUGCAUGUUAUUGAGUACAAUUACAGUUAUACAACGUGUAACAAAAUACCCAUAUACAUCAAGAAGGGCUGAUGAAUACAGGUUGAAUAGAGUCUCUACACGAAGUUUCAGCUUAAAAUACGAUUAAAAAAAAAAUUGUACCAAAUACUUGGUAUCGCAUGGUUCUUGAUUUUAAAUCAUACAAACAUGUCACAACACUACAGGGGUCACUCGCUAAUAUUACGAAACAUUUCUUCUGUCAAUCUGAUCGCCUAGUACCUGUCUACCUAAUUUUGAAUCACGCGGUGGCCCGAUUUGAAAAAUUCAGAACUUGGUACCAUGAAAACAUGAGUUUAAAAAACCCUUCCCGUAUCGUUUGUUAUGUUAUCUAGAAGCCGUACAAUUGAUAUGUAUACCCCCUUUUUGUUACACGUUGUAUAGGUAGCAAAACUUCUUUAUUUUUAUGUUAUAUAGUCAACAAAUUACUCAAUAGGUACUAACUAAAUUAACUAAACACAGCGGAUUACUCACGAAAAUUUAUUGAGGAGAAACUCCGUGACGUAGUUGCGUUUGCUUCGCUGCUUAUGAUGAGAAGAGUCCCUCUGUGACUCGAAACUAAUACAGUAGCUUUAGUACGAAUUUGUUUUACGUUUAAAGUAAUCCAAAUGAAAGCCUAUUCGGCACUGUAAUUGGUUGGUUUAUUCGAACCGGCCAAUCAGAGCGCCGAACGCGGUUUCGUUUCAUUUUCGUUCAACGUAAAGCAAAUAAUUUAUACUAAGGGUACUGCUUUUCUUAAUAUAUUUACGUGAAUAAACCGUUGUUUUUAGUUAAUUUAGUAUCCUCUCACUAUAGUUAUUAUAUCAAUACAUACUGUUUUUAUUUAA